CCAUUCUCUUCACUAUCAUACACACCAAUUUCAAUAUCCACCUCGUUUGGCUUGUCUAUUCUCUCCACCUAUAAAUACUUCCUUCUUUUAAUCAAGAAAGUUCAUCAUUAAUAGAAUAUAUUCAUGUAUACAAUGACUUCUAUUUGCAGCUUCAAGUUGAAUUCUCUUACAAUAUUGCUUGUGUUUUGCUCAUUAGCUACGGUGUCUUUUGCAUCCCUUAGAGUGGGAUUCUAUAAAUCAUCUUGUCCAUCAGCAGAAGCAAUUGUGAGAAAAGCAGUAAACAAAGCACUGUCUCAAAAUCCAGGGUUAGGCGCUGGCCUGAUUAGGAUGCAUUUCCACGACUGCUUUGUCAGGGGCUGUGAUGCUUCUGUGUUGCUGAAAUCCACACCAGGGAACCCAUCGGAGAGAGAACAUGUAGCUAACAAUCCUAGCUUACGAGGUUUUGAGGUUAUUGAUGAAGCGAAGGCUGAAAUUGAAGCCUUAUGUCCACAAACUGUGUCGUGUGCAGACAUUCUUGCUUUUGCUGCACGCGACAGUUCCUACAAGCUUGGAGGGAUAAACUACGCCAUGCCAGCAGGACGACGGGAUGGACGUGUGUCAAGAGACGACGAAGUGGGACAAAACCUCCCACCUUUUUUCUUCAAUGCACAGCAACUAGCAGACAAUUUUGCCCGCAAGGGAAUGUCAGUGGAUGAGAUGGUGACGCUGUCAGGAGCACAUUCCAUUGGUGUCUCACACUGCUCUUCCUUCUCCAGCCGUCUCUACACCUUCAAUACCACUCAUGCUCAAGAUCCCUCCAUGGAUCCUAGGUAUGCUGCUUUCUUGAAAACGAAGUGCCCUCCAAACAGUGCUAGUGAGGCUGGUGCAGCUCCAACAGUUGCACUUGAUCCUACGCCUAAUCGCAUGGACAACAAAUACUACAUGGAGCUGAAGAAGAAUCGCGGAUUAUUGACUUCGGAUCAGACAUUGAUGAGCAGUGCUUCUACACAGAAGAUGGUGGUGAACAAUGCAAGGAAUGCUAGAAAAUGGGCUGCCAAGUUUGCCAAGGCAAUGGUGCACAUGGGUUCUCUCGAUAUUCUUACAGGAACUAAUGGUGAAAUCAGGAGGCAAUGCAGUAUUGUGAACUAAGCUCACCAUCUGCAAUAUUUUGCUUCCUAGUUCUUUUUUCUUCCUUGUUUCCUAUGAAUCUUUCAUUGAAUUUGUUUCUUUAAUUCUUUUCCCUUAUUUGAGGUUUUUCAAUGCAAUUGUAAAUCUUUAAAAUGUGAGUGUAAUACUAAGUUUGUAACCAAUCAAUACAAAUGAAGUGUUAAUGUUAUAUGCAA